AUGACGUUGGGGAAAGGGAAAAGGGAGUUAUGCACACUGGGGGUGAGUUGGUUCAAAAGAGGGAGAAAGGGAAGGGGAAGGGCCACCGCCGCUGCUCCUCGCCGCCACCGCUGCUCCUCUCCCCUUCAUGCUUACCCUAGAGCAACUGCGACCCUCUCCCCUCCUUCUCUCCUUCCCUAUCUCGGACCUCCUCGAACCAGAGUUCCCCACCGGCGAGCCUCUCUUGCUUCACCACCGCGCAGCAACGUGGAACCCUUCUUCCCCACUAUCCAUUCACGCCAUCUUGCCCCUGCUCCCUCAAUCCCUAUCGCAGAAGGAACCAGAGCCACCACAGCCCGUUCCCCUCCCUCCAAACCCUUCCCGUCAUGCCCAGACCGCUGGCGCUCUACCACUACCUCCCCUGUCCCCUCUUUUCUAUUUUCUAUUUUCAUAAUUCAGAAGUACAUAAAGCAGAACAAUGACGUCACUCUCUGUGCACUCGAGAUGGUAUCAAUUUCUUUCACUUCUCUACUUUCUUUUCUUCGUGCACCUUAUUACCUCAUUACUUCUUUUUCUGGUAGGUUCCAUUAAGAAAAUUAUCAUUGUAUUUUAAUAUAAACGGUUUUUGAAGCUUGAUCUAUGACAUUUUAUUAUUUUUCAUAAAAUAAUUUAUGAUUUUAUUAACAAAGGAUAAUAAAGCUUUUCUUUGUAUAUUA